GGCACCUGCCAGGGCUCGAACCGGUGCCUGCCGGGGGUGCUGCUUCCCGUGUGGGAGCCCGACAACCCGUCGUUCGGGGACAAGGCGGCCCGGGCCAUCGUGUACUUCGUGGCCAUGAUGUACAUGUUCCUGGGCGUCUCCAUCAUUGCCGACCGCUUCAUGGCCUCCAUCGAGGUCAUCACGUCCAAGGAGAAGGAGAUCACGGUCACCAAGGCCAACGGGGAGACCAGCGUGGGCACCGUGCGCAUCUGGAACGAGACCGUGUCCAACCUCACCCUCAUGGCGCUGGGCUCCUCGGCCCCCGAGAUCCUGCUGUCGGUCAUCGAGGUCUGCGGUCACAACUUCCAGGCGGGCGAGCUGGGCCCCGGCACCAUCGUGGGCAGCGCGGCCUUCAACAUGUUCGUGGUCAUCGCCGUGUGCGUCUACGUCAUCCCCAACGGCGAGAGCCGGCGCAUCAAGCACCUGCGGGUCUUCUUCGUCACGGCCUCUUGGAGCAUCUUCGCCUACAUCUGGCUCUACCUGAUCCUGGCGGUCAUCUCGCCGGGCAUCGUGCAGGUGUGGGAAGCCCUGCUCACCCUGGUCUUCUUCCCCGUGUGCGUGGUCUUUGCCUGGAUCGCCGACAAGCGCCUCUUCUUCUACAAGUACGUGUACAAGCGCUACCGGGCCGACCCGCGCAGCGGCAUCAUCAUCGGCACCGAGGGCGACUUCCCCAAGGACAUCGAGAUGGACGGCGGCUUCCUCGCCCACGACCGCGUGCCCGACGGGGCCGCCCCAGCCUCCCCGGCCCUCACGGCCACCGGCCCCAGCCAGGAGGAGAAAGACCUGGACGAGAGCCGCAAGGAGGUCAUUCAGAUCCUCAAGGACCUCAAGCAGAAGCACCCGGAGAAGGAGCUGGAGCAGCUGGUGGAGAUGGCCAACUACUACGCCCUGCUGCAUCAGCAGAAGAGCCGCGCUUUCUACCGCAUCCAAGCCACCCGCAUGAUGACGGGAGCCGGCAACAUCCUCAAGAAGCACGCGGCCGAGUGCUCCCGCAAGACGCCCGUGGCCUCCGAGGGGCCGGCGGAGGCCGAAGAGGACACGGCCAGCAAGAUCUUCUUCGAGCCGUGCCUCUACCACUGCCUGGAGAACUGCGGCUCCGUGCGGCUGACGGUGGCCUGUCAGCACGGCGGGGAGGGCGCCCACACCUUCUACGUGGACUACCGGACGGAGGACGGGUCGGCCAAGGGCGCCCGCGGCACCGUGCUCGUGCCCUACCGCACGGUCGAGGGCUCGGCCCGCGGCGGCGGCGUCGACUACGAGGACGCCUGCGGGGAGCUCGAGUUCCACGACGACGAGACCGUGAAGACGCUGCAGGUGAAGAUCGUGGACGACGAGGAGUACGAGAAGAAGGACAACUUCUUCAUCGAGCUGGGGCCCCCGCGCUGGCUCAAGCGCGGCAUCUCGGCCCUCCUGCUCAACCAAGGCGAGGGCGACAAGAAGCUGUCGGCGGAGGAGGAGGAGGCGCGGCGCAUCGCCGAGAUGGGCAAACCGGUGCUGGGCGAGAACUGCCGCCUGGAGGUCAUCAUCGAGGAGUCCUACGACUUCAAGGCAAGGGGGGGCCGGACGCUUGGGGUCUUCCCCCAGGUCUGGGGGGAGUGGGGGCUGGAGGGGAGUGACGAGGAGGAGGAGGAGGACGGACGGGAGGAGCGGCUGCCGUCGUGUUUCGACUACGUGAUGCACUUCCUGACGGUGUUCUGGAAGGUUCUGUUCGCCUGCGUGCCCCCCACCGAGUACUGCAACGGCUGGGCCUGCUUCAGCGUCUCCAUCCUGGUCAUCGGCCUCCUCACCGCCCUCAUCGGCGACCUGGCCUCGCACUUCGGCUGCACCGUGGGCCUCAAGGACUCCGUCAACGCCGUCGUCUUCGUGGCCCUCGGCACCUCCAUCCCCGACACCUUCGCCAGCAAGGUGGCGGCCCUGCAGGACCAGUGCGCCGACGCCUCCAUCGGCAACGUGACGGGCAGCAACGCGGUGAACGUCUUCCUGGGGCUCGGCGUGGCCUGGUCGGUGGCGGCCGUGUACUGGGCGGCGCAGGGCCAGGACUUCCACGUGCAGACGGGCACGCUGGCCUUCUCCGUCACCCUCUUCACCAUCUUCGCCUUCGUCUGCAUCGGCGUCCUGCUCUACCGGCGCCGGCCCCAAAUCGGCGGCGAGCUGGGCGGCCCCCGCACCCCGAAGCUCCUCACCGUCGGCCUCUUCCUCGGCCUCUGGUUCCUCUACAUCCUCUUCUCCAGCCUCGAGGCCUACUGCCACAUCAAGGGCUUCUGA